UUCAAAUUAUUUCUAUAUUGGUAUAUUUAGUCACAAGGAUUAUGACUUGCGAGCUUAGGAACUUGAGGGUUUGCUAGUUGACUAAGUAUUCAACAAGCUUAUAUUUUCGUAAUCAGUGUUGGGAACUAUUCAUCAAGUUUUUGUGGCAAUUGUGAUCAUGACGGCCGAAAAGUGUUGUUUAUGUUUCAAAUUAGAGGCAGGGUGUAUACUGCUGGGAAUAAUUACGUUUGUGGUAUCUGUGAUCGGGAUAAUCACCACCGUCGUGGUCAUAUUGCCUGUGCACGCCGAAGACUUUAAGUCACUAACUUCGAACAUCACCAAGUCGCAUCACCACAUCUUGGAGUUGGUUUCGGACACAUCAGUGAAAACAGUGUUUGUGGGGUUCGCUAUGAUCGUCUGUCUACUGUGGAUCGUGGUAUCCGUUAUGCUGAUCGUCGGUAUUGUGAAGAAGCGAGUGAACUUCGUGAUGACCUACUUUCUGUUUGGUAUUGCGAUGAGCAUCAUGCACUUGCUGAGCGCCUUGCUCGAAGUGAUCAGCGGUUUCUGGGUCACGAGUCUGGUCACCUCCAUAUUGACAUUGGCGUACAUCAAAUGCUUGACAUCCGUGUACGCCGCCUACGACAAAAUGCGACAGCAGAAGACCGUUGACGACUGGGAGCAGCUGCUUAAUGAAGACGACUCUAUGAUCGAAUGUUAAACCAAUAGCCAUGCGCGGAUCCAAUUGCCCCUUCCAAUUGUCCCUUGCCAAUGGCAAGAUGUGAAAGAGUGAUGCUAAUUGCCACACACAAUCUUAAAUAUUAACGAACAUUUAUGCUAGCGCCGGCCGCCCACUAGCGGCAGCAUUUGGAACUAAUUUGAUCCAUAAGCUUUCUGAAACGUAAUCUAGAAAAGCCUACAAAAUUGGGAUACCACCAGUCGUGCACCGUCGUGAUCGUGUAAGGCGGCGAAGUACGGAGAACUUCGUACAUUGACCUGUUCCUUUCUUUAUCGACAUGUAGGUAUAAUUGUAUUGAUAUUGAUAGAUACUGUUUUUGCACAAUAUCAUUGGUCGCUUUAGGGAUUGGAAGAGUCCGAACAGGCGGGUCAAUGUACGACAUUCUCCAUGAUUUAUUUACAUUAAUUAGUUACCAAAAUAAUUAGUAGUCGAUUAUCCCAAAAUUAGGUUAGGAUUAAUCCAUCCUAUUAGGAUGCCUAAUUAGGAAUGGUAGGAUAUUCUAUUACCUACUCAUUUUUUUAAACAUAAGUAUGUAUAAUAUUCUAGGAAAGGUAUAAAAACAGGGUAAAGGUAAAUACGGGUAUAGUGUGUCUGGCCGGUACAUUUGGCCUUUUUACUCAUUGUCACAGGUGGUUUUGCGAGUUUAUACUUUUUUUAUUUGCUACUCACAAUUUGUGGUAAACGUAUGAACCCUCAACUAACACUGACCAAUGUUUAAUAGUUAUUUGUUAUACAAGGGGGCAAUUGAAAUUGUUUUUUAACACACGAGAAGUAAAA